GGAGAGGAGGAACAGGAGAAGGAGGAGGAAGGGGUGCUUCCUCUUCAGUCUGGGGCUGAGCUGCUGAUGUAUCCCAGCAGCCCCGGUUCGUAGCAACAGGAAACCUUGGUAUAAAAAGCCGCGUCGAAGGGGGAACCCUCCUAAGUGUCUCUCAGCCGCAGCAUGACCAGGACCGGGUGCCUGAGAGUUUGGACCUAACAAGACAAUGCCCAGCCUAAUCGUCGAACCACUGAACACGCAACACUUCAUCAUGGAUAGAGAUGACAGGAAGAGAAACAAGAACAUCGGAAAGAACUUCAUGUGCCGACUCCAGUGCAUGUUCUCACACUCGUCAAGUUCUGAGAGCAGGCUAAGUUUAGAAGAUACCCAACAAUGGUCACAGUCACUGGAAAGGCUUCUGGAGUCUAAAUAUGGACUGGCCACUUUUCGCAACUUUCUCAAAUCCGAAUACAGCGAUGAGAAUAUUGAGUUCUGGCUCACCUGCGAGGACUACAAGAAAAUCAAGUCUUCAUUCCGAAUGUCCUCAAGAGCCAAGAAGAUUUAUGAGCAGUUCAUCAAAGCAGAAUCUCCUAAAGAGAUCAACAUCGACUAUCACACCCGAGAGCAGAUCAAAAGGAACGUCAAGACUCCCACCAUGCACUGCUUUGACGACGCUCAGAAGAUAGUUUACGGGCUGAUGGAAAGAGACUCGUACCCGCGGUUCCUCCGCUCGGACAUUUAUAGAACUCUCCUGGAAAACCUCGCCGCCGACGCCGCAAAGGGAUGAAAGCUCGGUCAGGAAGGAGGGGGAAAAGAGAGAGAGACUUAAAACCCAUAACUGGAAUGUUUGAGCUCCUUCAGGAGGGAAGUACCAACCACAAAGAAGGAAGGAGAGUCAAACCUGUGCACCAAUACGGACAUGUAUGGAGGCCCCGCGCCCCAGCGACGUCACUAGAUCCAGAAGCAAACUGUGUCUUAGUCCCACAUGAUGGGAGGAUCCCAACACUGCGCACGUCACACCUGAGGACUGUAUAAGAAGAAUAAACAGCCUUAAUGUUAAUGACCCUGUAGUGUGUGUUUGCACUUGGAUAAGUCUGUGUACGCAGGCGUAUUGACCACUUUUGACAGUGAAUGAAUCAGCAAGGCGACUGACGCCCGCUCUGACUGCGGAGCAGCGUAAGCAAGCCAUGCAGCAGACUGCCUUUGGCCUUCUUUGCAGAGGUGUUUCCUGUGCAGAUUGAGAUAGAGGAUGUGGGAUGCAACAGUCACACUCAAUCGCUUGUGUGUGUGUGUGUGUGUGUGUGUGGCUGUGUGUAUCCGAGAGAGAGAAAGUAUUUAGUUGUAGCUUUUAACUGCCACUGACACGGAAUAAGCUGUCGCAGAAAAAGUUGGCCAAUUAUCUAAUGGCGGCACUAAGGAAGACAACAAAUCCAUAGCGGACAGACUCAGUAGUGCUAUGUCAUCCUUGGUAAAAGGUUGCAGAAGGCCACUUAGUUCUGCAAGAGGCAUUCUGGUACACUUUAAAAAGGAGUUUUUGCUUCUUGUUUUGUUUUUACAAUCGGACAGAUAUGGGGUUUUCAAAACUGAUACUGAUCUCUUUUUUUUCUUUUUUUUUUUAGAUUUAAGCUGCCUAUGGGUGAUAUUUUGUGCCAAUAUUCAAUGUUGUUAUAAUUUUCAAGCUAAAAAUGUAAGUAAAAGUAGCUGGUAUUUUUAUCUCAAUAAAAAGCCAGGAUAAAUAUGUGUUAUAGGAUAAUCAAACAUUAUUGUGCACAUAUUUUUUUUGUGUGGAAUCUGAACCAAGUUCUGCACUUCAGCAACUAAGAAGUUCCCUUUUUUUUCGCCAGUGGCAUCUAAUUUAAUUCCUCAGCACACUGGCUGUGAUCUUAAAAUUCUUACAGCACUGAAGUGUCAAGAGUUGUGAUUUUUAUGUAAUUUACUAUCCGAGUGGAAUUAUUAUAGAGAUAGGAUGUUUCACAUUGCAUGAUAGGCUCUUAAGACUCCUUGUAUACCCUGGGAAUAUGCCUUAAUAUUGCUUUCCGGAGCAUGUUGUUUAAAUAUAUUCGUGGGGGUUAAUAGUUAAGUUAACUUAAAAGUUAAACAAUGGAUUAUUUAUUGUUGUUUUGUCACCAUUUGAGUACAACGUUUGUUGCAGUGUUGGAGUGCUUGUUAAAAUUUUAGUGAUUUUGAAUGACAUUAAAUUAUUUAAAUUGCC